AUGCGAAGUGGGGCGAUGUCAGCUGGCAAAUAUAAGGUUGAGUAUAGCCCACCGCCUGGCUACGACCUCCCCAGACCGGUGUGGAAAUCUUUAAAUAGACUCCGCACUCAGGUUGGCCGGAGUAAAGACAAUCGGUCCAGGUGGGGUUUUACUAAUACUGCAGACCUUGCGUGCAGGGGUGGUACUACGCCUCAGACCACUCCACACCUGAUAUGCUGCCCCGCUUGCCCCUACACCUGUACGCAGGAGGAUCUCAUGACGGCUGCAGAUAGCGCCGUAAAAGUGGCGGAGUUCUGGGCCGGUGACAUUUAGUUUUGGUUGCCACUGACACUAAAGAAGAAGAAGAAAGGUAUAGCGAUUUAUGGAAUAAUAUAACUUUAAAGUUGUAAUCUAUGAUUACAAUUUUUUUUAAUAACUUAUUAAAAUACGUUACGAUCGCUAACACAUGUCAAAUAGUUGUAGUGUGAAGUUCGUGGAUAUCUUUCAAAUGGCAAAUGAGAGGGACUGCGAUUGAUAUUAAAAUUAGACUAUUAGCUCCCUGCUAUAUUUUUACAAUAAUUGUUAUAUUUCGUCCGCGUGGUCUCUAGUUGA